CUCCCGGGGAAGAAGAAGAAGAAGGCGAAGAUCGGAGAGUUGUUGAUUGAUUUCGAUCGGAACCAUCGCGUUUUUGAAGAGGGAGUCGAUGUCAGAGCUAGACAGGCAGAUAGAGCAGCUGAAACGCUGCGAAGCGUUGAGCGAACCGGAGGUGAAGUCUCUGUGCCUCAAAGCGAUGGAGAUUCUCGUUCAAGAGAGUAAUGUUCAGAGAGUCGAUGCUCCCGUCACUCUAUGUGGUGAUAUACAUGGGCAGUUCUAUGACAUGAUGGAGCUUUUCAGAGUUGGAGGUGAUUGCCCUAAGACGAACUACAUGUUUAUGGGAGAUUUUGUUGAUCGUGGAUACUACUCUGUUGAGACGUUUCUGCUACUACUCGCUCUCAAGGUUAGAUAUCCAGACUGCAUAACUCUCAUUAGAGGAAACCACGAAAGCAGGCAACUCACACAGGUUUAUGGAUUUUAUGAUGAGUGUUUGCGUAAAUACGGCUCUGUAAAUGUCUGGAGAUACUGCACUGACAUUUUUGACUACAUGAGUCUUUCAGCUGUUGUUGAGAACAAGAUAUUCUGUGUUCAUGGUGGUCUCUCUCCAGCUAUUACGACUCUUGAUCAGAUCAGGACAAUUGACCGGAAGCAAGAAGUACCACAUGAUGGUGCCAUGUGUGACCUCCUAUGGUCUGAUCCUGAAGAUAUUGUUGAGGGAUGGGGUUUGAGUCCACGUGGAGCUGGAUUCCUUUUUGGCGGCAGUGUCGUCUCGACUUUUAACCACACAAACAACAUAGACUACAUAGGACGAGCACAUCAACUAGUUAUGGAGGGUUACAAAUGGAUGUUCGAUAGCCAGAUUGUGACAGUGUGGUCAGCCCCAAAUUACUGUUAUAGAUGCGGUAAUAUCGCUUCCAUUCUAGAGCUGGACGAGAAUCUAAACAAAGAGUUCCGUUUGUUCGAGGCACCCCAGCAGGACUCGAGAGGGCCUCCCGCCAAAAAACCUGCCCCUGACUACUUCCUAUAA